AUGCCACUGCUCACUAAGCUUUUCUCCGCCAAACAAGCCAAGGCUAUGACACUAGCCGGAUGGCACCGUAUAACGGGACCCGCUACAGGAAUACAACGGCCAACUAGAGACAUAAUCCUCCGGUUCCAACAGGGGCAAGACCGCACAGCCUUUAUGGCGGCAGUCCGCCACAUAACACCAUUACGAUUUGAGGAUCACGAUCUCACCUUCUAUCCGGACUUAUCUAAGGCCACCAUGGAAUGGCGCAGAUCCCUGCGUCCACUCACUCAGGCGCUAGCGGCAAGCAAAACACCAUACAAAUGGGGUUCACCUCGCUGCCUACUCAUUACCCGGGAAACGGGAAUAGUGAAAGUCCGGGAGGCCUCUGAAAUACCGAGCAUCCUGCUACAAAUGGGAGUGACGCGACAGCCGCUGAGACCGCGACCCAAGCGGCACCGACACUCUGGGACCCAGAGAGGGUCACACCAUUCAUACCAGCGGCCCACAGAGGGAAUCCUGCAUCUAAGCCGGGGCACUGAAAACCUCCCAGCGGACUACAAACCGCACAGGACUUAA